AUGUCUGACAUCGACGGUAAGGAUGCUGUGGAUAUCGUGUGUAACACAGAGAGUGAGGAGAGCGACGAGACGCUUUUGGCCCUCUGCACAGCCUUCCUCGCUCAGCAACUACACAGAGGAGACAUGUACUGCAUGUGGGAUUUGGUGUUCGUAUGGAGUCGACUCCAUCUGCGGGUCAAGCCUUCCAAGCAGGCCUUCCUGGAAGAGAGUCACCGGUUGAUGCUGUCCGCCACCAACAUCAGAUCAAUAUUCUCUUUCAUCAGAGUGAUCCUUGCAGAGCUAGGAAAGGAUGGUCUCCAGUUUUGUGUGGAGCUCUGCACCCACUCCCUCCAGACGAACCCCUGCGACGACGCCACCAAGUCCCUCAUCUACAAGACGGUAGCCUACCUCCUCCCCAACGACCUGGAGGUCUGCCGGGCCUGCGCCCUCCUCGUCUUCUUCCUGGAACGCACCGUGGAGGCCUACAAAACGGUGUUCCUCCUCUACACGCACCCCGACCAGGAGUACCACGCCGAAGCCGGUCCCAUCGGGAACCACAUCCGCUUUGAGAUCCUCCAGACCCUGAAGAGAGGUCUCUACUUCGAUCCAGAGUUCUGGAACCUUUUGAAUCUCCGGACCAACUGCCUGAAGCUGAUGAGUGAGAAGAAGGCGGAGUUGGCGAUGAUGAUGAUGAUGGAGGAGGAUGAUGGGUGGGUGUCCAACUACUGCAGCACUGCCACCAAAGAGCCCUGUUGCAGCUGGAGCGCCGACCUGUCAGAGCGUGUGCAGCCUACACAUGUAGAGACUAAACCAGUACAGACUAAACCAGUACAGAAGCACGUUCAGAUUAAACCCUUUCACCAGGUAACGGCGCCCAAAAGGCGGUUCCAAAAAGAAGAGAAGAAUCCCGGUUCCACGGCGCCGGCGGCGGCAGCCAAACGUGUCAAAGCUCAAAGGUUGGAAAAGACCUCUGUUGUCGAGCCGCCACAGCAGACUGUUAAUCAUGUGACGCCGGUGACGGCGAAAGCUAAGAUAGAGAAGCUGGCUGAACCCUCUGUUGUCGAGGAACAACCUGUGAUAAAAAGAAGAGGGAGGAAGCCCGGGCCGAAGCCGGGACCGCGGUCAUCUGUCAAAACAACAGAGUCGUCAGCCGAGACCUCCUCUGUCAGACGGUCCUUCAGACAACUGGACAUGGCGCAGGAGAACCUGGCCAGGCAAGUCGGUCAUAGACCACAUAGGCACAUGACCAGACUCUCGGAGAAGAAACCUCCCAAACGGAGGGGUAGGAAACCCCGUUGGCUACUGGAGGGUACGUUUCAGGCUGAGAACAGUGCUCCACGGAAGGGUCGCCAACCAGGGAGGAAACCUCCACAGCAGAAGACCCAGCAGACACAUGUGGACAAGACCAAUAAGACCUCUCAGUCUGGUGCCGCUGUCAAGGAAAGCACAACCAAACAAAAGAAUGCCGUGACCUCACAGAAUAAAAUGGCGGGCGCUCGUCUAACAACUCCGAGGGAACAGGAAGGUAAACGUCAGAAGGAGAUUCCUGCUACUAACCACCUACCAGCAGUAUCUCCUGCUCAUGACUCAAAGCUGGAGGUCUCCCUACCUGACAACGAAAUAUUUGGGUUCUUCCAUGAGGAUUAUCUCAGUAGGCAAGGACCGGUGACUCUAAACUGUGAUAAAUCUAAGGCACCAAUCCAGGCGCAGUAUCGGGUGAAGGAUCGACUCGGAGAGGUGGUUAUCCUUUCCCCUCAGAACGCCAGUCUCUUAAUACACCAGUUGCACAACUACGCCCAGACGCCGAAGGCGGAAGGUGUCACGUUGAAUACCGAAACCUGUUUGUUGAAAGCGACGGAUGUCCGUCCUUCCCUAAACCAAAGUUGUCUGCCGGUGUCGUGUGACGCUUCGGGGGUAUUUUACCAGACGUCUCCGGUGGAAAUGGAAGUUGAGGUCUCCUCACAAAUUGUCCAGGCAACCGCCACUGAUAUGACUUUCACACCACAAGGUGGAGCUGUCGAACACAUCGAAAGACCCAAGAAUGAGGAAGGAUUCUCUACUGACGCUCAGCAAACACGUACUCCAUCUGUUCCCGCAGUGAAUGUCAUUGUUCCUAAUAACACAGGAAGAAGAACAAAUACGGAUGUAACUGAUGUUCCAAGGGAACCAACGGAAGUUACGAAUAUUCCAAAAAAGCAAACCGCUUCUGAAGUCAGGGAUAUUUUAGAAUCGUCCAGGAAGUCCGAAGUUACUGAUAUUCUGAAAGAGGCUAUGGAUAUAGCAAACAUUGGUGUGGAUGAAGCAAUGAUGGGUGACGGUGACACUGGCAGCGUCCCUGGAAAGGAAACUCGGGAGCUUGUUGUUCUUACGCCUUUCUGCUGGCUGGCUAAUACCUCAAUGGAUGCGUUUGCCAAAGAGUUUGAAAAGUUUGCCAAGGGUCCGGAUUCUGAUGUUGUCGUAAAGCAGGAGUCGGUGAUACCACAGACCACAGAUAAUGUCUCGCACAAAACCUUGGAGAUGACAUUGUCAACGGUGUUACCACAGACCACAGAUAAUGUCUCGCACAAAACCUUGGAGACGACAUCGUCAACGGUGAUACCACAGACCACAGAUAAUGUCUCGCACAAAAAGUUGGAGAUGACAUUGUCAACGGUGUUACCACAGGCCGCAGAUAAUGUCUCGCACAAAACCUUGGAGACGACAUCGUCAACGGUGAUACCACAGACCACAGAUAAUGUCUCGCACAAAACCUUGGAGACGACAUUGUCAACGGUGUUACCACAGACCACAGAUAAUGUCUCGCACAAAACCUUGGAGACGACAUCGUCAACGUCUCCAAAAGUCAUCCCUAAGGCCGUCACAGACCCAGUGGUCCUUGAACACACUUCAAAAGUAACCAAAGUCCAGGACACCCAACUGGACAUUAAGGGUACCUCACAAAACACGGAGCCGGAGGAUAUCCCAAUAGCCGCUGAGAGCUUCCCACAGUUCACUGAUGAGACCCGGCAGCUUGAGCACUCCCUGACAGCCACUGUGGGUACUCCAGAGGACCCUGUGGACUCGACACAGGACAAUGACACCCCUCAGAUCACUGAAGCCCCCCCACAGAAUACACAGGACAUAGGACAACUCCCAGAGGACACCCUGAAAGUCACUUUCACUGAAGUCACCCCACCGGCUACUGAGGACCGCACAAAAGCCACUGUGGAUACUCCAGAGACUGUGGACACACUACCACAGAACAUAGAGGAGGACAGCUUGGAGGUAAUUGAGGAUGCCCGGAAAGUCACUGUAGAUUCCUCCGAGCACAUUGAGGAUGCCCUACAAAUACAAAACACUGCAGACACCCUACAGGGCACGCCACAGCUCACAGUGGAUGCCCCAAUGGUCGCUGAAGAGCUCACCAAGAACACACGUGGUGCCAAACAGAACAAUGGGGACACGCCAAAGCUGCGUGAGGACACCCUACAGGACACACCUGUCACCGAGGACACCCCAGGAGUCCGUGAAGAGACGUCACAGGAACCCAAAGACGCCUCAAAGGUCAGCGGAGAUACCCCGAAGGUCUCUGAGGACAUCCUUAAAGUACAUGUGGAUACUCAGAAGGUCCCAGAGGACACCCCACAGAACACACAAGUCAAUGAAGACACCUCAAUGGUCACUGCAGAUACCCCACAGGACACGCAGUACAAUUCACCGGUCACCCCGAAAGUCACUGAAAGUGCUCACACUCCAAAGGUCACCCCAAGAGUCCCUGAAGACACGUCACAGGACCCCAAAGACGCCUCAAAAGUCACUCAAAACUCUCCACAGAAAACACAGGACACCCCAAAAUUCACUAAGGACACCCCAACUGUCUCUGGGGAUAUCGGACAACAUCCCGGAGAUGGCACUCCACAGGAAAAUGAGAACAACCCACUGGCAUAUCGCUGUAGUCUCUGCAACAAGGUUUUCAAAGGCAAACGUGUUAUAGCCCACGCCAUGUACCACUUCCGCCGGGACCAAUGUAUGUUCUGUAGGAUGCUGUUCAAAAACGACCUGCUCGCCAUGAUGCAUCUAUCCCAACACAUAGACAAGUUGAAAAAAGGAAACCUGCCGCCUGAUAUUGAGGAGGUUCGUGAGAACUGUAAAGCUGGGAUGUCAGACACGCCUGGACGCUCAACGCAGAGGGGGAGACGGGGACCUAAGAGGAUCCCUGUAAACUCCACAGAGUCAACUCCUCCGGAUUACAGGAAGCUACGGUCGACCAAUAGGAUCUCCUCUAUAAACUCCUCGGAGUCAACUCCACCGGAUCGCAGGAAGCUACGGUCUAACCCUAAGCUACUGUCGACCAAUAGGCUCUCAACUGACUCUCAACCUUCACCAGAGACUAAACUCGCAACAGAAGAGUCUGAAGGCAAGCAGUCGACGCAGAGGGUCAAUGGACAGAGGGGCAGAAGACGAGUUAAGGUUGAAGGAACUGAGGGUGACGGUGAUGCUCGGGCAGAGGAACAAGAAAAGAUCAGUAGGAGGCAAGAGGAGGAGCACUCGGCUCCGGAACAGAGGGAGGAACCCGUGGCGAUCUCUACUUCUCCGGCGACGACAUCGACAGGUGAACAAGGCGGAACCUAUUCCUCUCCUGUGACGAAGACUUUGGAAGAAGAGGAGAAACCCUGUUCCUCGGCAAAGACCAUGGAGGACAACGCAGAAUCUCAGCCUGUAUCGGUAAAACAGGACAGGCUUUCAGUUUCCCCUCUAGAGACCUCAGUUCAGGGUAAAGAGACUCCCGGCAGCUGCCCUGUGGAGGGAUGCACAGAGAUAUUCACUGGAAAACGGCAUUCUCUCCUCGGACAUAUUCUGGACGAUCACCGCGGCGACGCCAAACCCUUGGAAACGACGUUCCGUCACGGGAAUGGAAAAUGCAAUAUUUGCAAGAAGCCCGUUUUGACUUUGCAGCAUUACCAGCACCACAUUGUAUGGCACGGAGGAUAUCCCAGGCAUCCCUGUCUACAUGAUGGGUGUAAAGCCCGGUUCAGUGCAGCGACAGAAAUGAGGAACCACGCGAAGACCCACCAGCCCCUCCUGGCAGUGUGCUGUUUCCCAGGUUGUCGGGAGCGCCUGGCUUGUCUUCUGGAGCUGAACCGCCACGAACAAGAACACUAUCGUCUUCCGAAGGAAGGGAAGGAUGAAUCUGUUUUCGCAACCCUCGUCACCAAUACCACCUCUGUAAAAGUGACUAGACGGUGUAAGACGAAGAGGAAUAAGCUACAGAAGAUGCAGGGUGUAAAGAAACGAUGGCCUCUUGGAGAAGAGGGAUCGGCAACUGACCUCACUACUACUACUACUACUGUAAAGGUAACUAGGAAGUAUGACUUGACCAAGACGUUGAAGAAAACACAGGUUAUAAAGAAACGGAAUGUUCAUAGAGACAAGGACCCUCGUACUACUGACCUCUCUACCGUCUCUGUAAAAGUAACAAAUAAGUUGAAGAAAUUGCAGGUUAAGAGGAAACCGUGUGUUGGUAAGAAAAUGGACGCUCCAACCACUCCCGUCACCACGGCCAAUGAAAAGGCUGAAAAAGUGAGCAAGAAGUUAAAGAUGAUUCAUAAGGUAAAGAAAGCGUGGUCUGUAAAGAGAGAGAACGUUAGCAAAGACAAUUAUACCCCAACUGGUCCAACCACCUCCGCCACAAUUACCGCCACUGAAAAAGUUACCAAAAAGCUACAAUUUUUAAAUAAGUUGAAGAAAAUGCUUGUUAUUCAGAAACCGAACGUUAGCAACGAAAAGGAUACUCAACCUGGUCCAGCCACCGACACAAAAGCGACAAAAAAAUCUAAGGUGACCGAUAAGUUAAAGAAAACACAACUUGUAAAGAAACCGAGCGUUGGAAAAGACCCCAGGAAGAUGUCGGCCGUUAGCACAGACGAGGAUACCCAACCUGUUCCUCCCACCGUCGUUCCAAAAGUCACCGAGAAGUUACCCAUGGUGACAGAGAAGGUGAAGAAAACACAAGUUCUAAAGAAACAAAUUGUUAUCAAGGAACCCAAGAAGACAUCAAAAAAGCCCUUGAAGUCAAAGACCUCUGGUCCAGAGAAAAAUGUUAAUAAAGUCACAGAAGUGCUGGGAAGUGAAGACAAAGAAGUGGUAGAAAGUAAAUCAAAGGAAGAAAAUAAUAAACCAUCUGUAGAAAUAUCAGACUCGACAGCUAGCAGUGUCUGUGACCAGAAGAUGGUUAACGGACAUUUAAAGGUCAUCACUAAAGAAUCACCAAAAUACCAGAAAAGUCUUAAAACAAGCACAGUUUCCAAAUCAAAGAAAUGCGAACCACGAAACCAUAAGCCUGCUACUCCCAAACCCCCUACAAAUACUCCCAAACCCCCUACAAAUACUCCCAAACCCCCUACAAAUACUCCCAAACCCCCUACAAAUACUCCCAAACCCCCUACAAAUACUCCCAAAACCCCUAUCAAGGAGGAAGCGAAAAACUCUACAUUCUUUGGGAAGAUUAACAACAGGCCGUACGUCCGUCCUCCGCCCACGGCCUACCUAGACGAGAGGUACACCACCAUGCCAAAACGCAGGAAAGAGAUGUCCUGGACCACUCGUCUCUCUCCAAUGCGCCCGGACCUGGUGGUGGAGGCAUCGGGGACCACGGCUACACCUUUGGUCUGUAGGCGGCGCUGUGCCAAGUGUUUCUUGUCCUUCGACAGCGGAGAAGAGUUGCAGACGCACCUCUCGCUUAAGAAAUGCACAACUCUUUUCGGUUUCGACUCAGACGAGGAGAGUAGCUGGUGAAGCUGCUCGACAAGACCUGUUUGGAUGUGCUGCUAUGGAAGGGGGGUGUGGGGGAUGUUGAUCCCCCUCCAAAAACCUGCUAGGAGUGUUGAACCCCUUUCUACCCUGCUACCUUACUGAGGGACGACCAGGGUUUACAGGACUCUUAACAUGACUUGCUGGCUAGUCUGGAACAGCCAUGCCAGGCCUCCUCUUGUGACUGAGGCUGGCUAGUCUGGAACAGCCAUGCCAGGCCUCUUGUGACUGAGGCUGGC